CUUCUUAUAGUGCUGGUCAUAUGAAAUGUCCGGCCAACGUAUGACUGACAGGCACACACAGAGCUUUCGUAGCUUUGCCAUUCAUUGGUUGGCCCUAUAUACAGACAAGGAACAAUGGGGAUGCCUAUUUAUAUCUUGGGUACUCACACAACUCUGAUGGCUCGGUGUAUCCUCCAAGGAAGAAGAGCUUUGCACAGUGUUGGCGUCAAGGUUCACCCUUUCGUGAAGGAAGCUCUCAACGACAGGCUGCCUGUUGUUGCUUUGGAGAGUACAAUUAUUACUCACGGCAUGCCAUAUCCACAGAAUCUGAGCAUGGCCAAAGAGGUAGAAGAAAUUGUUAGAAUGAAUGGGGCUGUGCCAGCCACUAUCGGCAUUUUGAAUGGCUGUAUCCACGUGGGCCUCCAGAAUGAUGAACUUGAAUGUUUGGCAAAGAGGAAAAACGUAGUGAAGGUGUCCCGCAGAGACUUCCCCUAUGUUCUCAGUAAGGGCUUGUCUGGUGGUACUACAGUGGCAGGAACAAUGAUUGUGGCACACAAAGCUGGCAUCCCCAUCUUUGUGACAGGAGGAAUCGGAGGGGUCCACCGUGGAGGAGAGAAGACUUUAGAUGUGAGUGCUGAUCUGACAGAGCUGGGUCGAACUCCUGUUGCUGUCAUUUCUGCCGGUAUCAAGUCUAUUCUGGAUAUUGGUAGGACGCUAGAAUAUCUGGAAACUCAAGGGGUCUGCGUGGCCACCUUUGGAGAAUCCAGAGAGUUCCCAGCCUUCUUCUCCCAUCAAAGUGGCUUCCAGGCGCCCUAUAAAGUACAAAAUGAGGAGGAUGCCGCUAAACUGAUUGCCAGGUCACUGGCCUUGCAGCUGGGCAGUGGAGUGCUGAUCGCAGUGCCCUGCCCAGAGGAAGAAGCUGUUUCAGGUCAGCUUAUUGAGGAAGCAAUCCAGCAAGCUCUGAGGGAGGCUCGGGAAAGAGGGAUCACAGGAAAGGAGCUCACGCCCUUCUUGCUGCCGCAAGUGAAUGAAUUGUCCAGUGGAAAGUCCUUGAAUUCUAAUAUCGCUUUAAUCAAGAACAAUGCCAGUGUGGGCAGCCGAAUAGCUGUGGCCCUGAAUAAGAUCCAAAGGACCCAAGGGAGGAGAGAGGGCACAUCGCUGAGCAAGAAAGCAUUUUCUGCUCCAAGACCGGUGGUGAUUGGUGGUAUCAAUGUUGAUUUCAUAGCCAAGGUGAAAGCUUCAGUCAUGGUGGAGGGAGGACAAACAAACCCAUCAACCGUAAGACAAACUUUUGGUGGAGUGGGGAGAAACUUGGCAGAUUGCUUAAGCCGCCUGGGGAAAGCUCCUGUCUUUAUCUCAGCAAUGGGGAAGGAUGAACAUUCUGAGACUGUCUUGCGUCACUGCAGGCAUAUGGAUAUGAGUGGAGUCUCGCAGCUGGAUGGACACAACACGGCCACUUAUUGCCUUGUAGUUGCCAGCAGCGGAGAGGUCAGACUUGGCUUGGGAGACAUGGAGAUUCACCAGCAGAUAACAGAGCAAUACGUAUCUGGAUUCAAAGAAAGCCUGUGCCGGGCCCCACUGAUAUGUAUUGAUGGAAAUGUACCCGUUUCCACUAUUCAGUACAUCUGCCAGUUUGCUAGAGAGCAUCGCUUAGCAGUGUAUUAUGAGCCGACAGAUGUGGACAAGGCUUCCGGGCCAUUCUUUUCUGACUGCUGGAGAUCCUUGGCAUGUAUCUCUCCCAAUCUACGGGAACUGAGAGCUAUCAAUCGGACCCUGGGCCAUCCUGUGCCAGCAGAUCUGCCAUCCAAGCUGGAAGAUGUUGUCGAGACUGCCGUGUUCCUUGUCCUCCCCUUACUGAGAGAGUUGCACUGUGUAGUGGUAACACUGGGCCACCAUGGUGUCCUUGUCUGCGGCCGGAGUGUGGGCGGGAGUGUCUCUCUUCAUCCUGGACUUUGCAGCAAGACAACGGCAAGUGAGCUGUGUGCCACUCACUACCCAGCUAUCCCAGUCCCCGUGGAGGAGUUAGUGAACGUCUCUGGAGCAGGUGACAGCUUAAUGGCUGGAAUAAUUGCUGGGCUGCUUGCUGGUGAGGACACAAAUGACUGUGUCCGAAUGGGCCUCUUAUCCGCCAGCCUCUCCCUCCGUUCUUAUGAACCCAUUUCUCCAGCGAUUAGUGCCACCAGUGUGAAUGUGGAACGGGUCCAGGCUCAGAGGUGGCUGGGAACAAAGACAUGGAAGCUGUCUUAGGUCUUCUGCUCAAGGACUCCAAACCACUUCCAUAUCACCUGGAACAGGCUGAUUCUUAUUUACAGGACUGCAUCUCUUCUUAGGUUCCGCCACAACAACUCCACUCAUGUCACUAAGGGUUUCUGCAGAUACCAACCUGCAAAUGGGCAAAAUCAAACAUUGCCUGCCCACGUGCCUUCUGAGUUGUGGUUCUCGCCUGGUGGAAUGUCUACCUGAGGAGGUCAGGAAAACUUCCGCUGUCCUGGCUUUCUGCACACUAUGCAAAACUGAACGAUUCAGGAGGGCUUUUCUGUACUUGUAAUAAGGCUGCACAGGGCAAAAUGGUGUCACAAACUUAAGUGGAUAACUAUUGGGGCUUAUGGUCUUUUCUUUACUUUACUGCUGGACUUAUGGUCUUUAGUACAUUGUAAAUAGGAUCCUAUUAUGUAAGUUCUGUAUUGCUUAAUGUGUCAUGGUAAUAAUUUUGUUAUACAGUUUCUUUCUGGUGAUUCCAGACUUCCA